AUGAGGCUUGAGGGACCAGCAACAGCUGGCCAGCCACGAGGGACCCUGCUGCCCACACCCAAUGGCAGUGAGCUGAGCCAGGCGUUCGGAAGCCCUUGGCCGGAGACCCCAGAGAGGUCCCCGUGCGUGGCUGGCGUCAUCCCUGUCGUCUACUAUAGCAUCCUGCUGGGCCUGGGGCUGCCUGUCAACCUCCUGACCACAGUGGCACUGGCCCGCCUUGCCACCAGGACCAGGAAGGCCUCCUAUUACUACCUUCUGGCACUCACAGCCUCGGAUAUCGUCACCCAGGUGGUCAUCGUGUUCGUGGGCUUCCUCCUGCAGGGAGCUGUGCUGGCCCGGGAGGUGCCCCAGGCCGUGGUGCGCACAGCUAACAUCCUGGAGUUUGCUGCCAACCAUGCCUCCGUCUGGAUCGCCGUCCUGCUCACGAUUGACCGGUACAGCGCCUUGUGCCACCCCCUGCACCAUCGGGCCACUUCGUCCCCAGGCCGGACGCACCGGGCCAUCGCCUUUGUCCUUGGUGCUGCCCUUCUGACCGGCAUCCCCUUCUACUGGUGGCUGGACGUGUGGAGGGAUGCAGACCCUCCCAGCACAAUGGAUGAGGUCCUCAAGUGGGCUCACUGCCUCAUUGUCUAUUUCAUCCCUUGCGGCGUUUUCCUGGUUGCCAACUUGGCCAUCGUCUGCAGGCUACGGAGGAGGGGCCAGAGCGGGCUGCGGCCCUGGGUGGGCAAGAGCACCGCCAUCCUUCUGGGUGUCACCACGCUCUUCGCCCUCCUUUGGGCACCUCGGAUCUUUGUCAUUCUCUACCACCUGUACGUGGCCCCCGUCUACCGGGACUGGAGGGUCCACCUGGCCUUGGACGUGGCCAACAUGGUGGCCAUGCUCAACACAGCAGUCAACUUUGGCCUCUACUGCUUUGUCAGCAGAACUUUCCGGGCCACUGUCCGAGAGGUCAUCCACAACGCCCACCUUCCCUGCACCCUGGGAUCACGGCCAGUGGGCACAGCGGCGGAGCCUGUGCUGAAGCCCCCAGGACUCCCUAAAGGGACAGAACUGUAG